UUAAUGUUUUCGUUGGGAAAAAAAGGCGUGAUUUUAAUUUGAAGGAAACAAAAUGUAGUUCCUGUGGAACAAACGCAUGUUUCUGAAACUUGACGCAGCUUUAUGGCCUGCUGUGUUUUCAACGCAGGGAGAGCCAAGAAGAAAAAUGGCGUCCAAAGGCGACCCAGAGUGGGAAACCGGCCCUUCACUCUGAGCGUUUCACCCAGGAACAGAGUCCAGGGCUUGGGGGAGACAUUCAAGGACUUACCGUUGGCUACGCUGGUGUUUUAGACUCAGUUUUCUUAGGUUUGUGGGGCUCAUUCGACCACCGAGAUUGGAGCGGAACGGGAGAGACUCUCUCCUACAAUGAGGGGGAGAAGGGGAAGGCCGCCCAAACAAGCAGCUGUGAUGCGGGAAGGUUCACCCGGACCAGUCCGUGGCUCCCGAGGCGGCAGGACCAGGGGGAUGCGUGGACGGGGAAGAGGUCGAGGUCGCGGUCGGGGACGAGGAGCAAGUGGCGUCGAUUGCGGCACUGCUUCUGCGGAAGUGGAAGCAGACAUCUCUGGACGAGAGAACUUUCAUUCGUCCCGGGGCCGCAGGAAAGUUGGAUCCUCCAUCACGGUGGCAGCGGCAUCCCGGGGCAGAGGAAGAGGCAGGGGGUCGAGAGGCAGCCGCGGCAGUAGAGGCGGAGUGAGGCGGCCCCAGAACAAGGUGGUGUACGACGACAACAGCGAUGAGGAGGAUGAUAAUAUAAGCUACCGCUCAGAGGAAGAAGACGAACUCUUAAACGACAACGCUUUUUCGGAUCUAGGAGAAGAAGAUGAGGAGGCCCUCGGAGACGAAUUUGACUGUGUGGAGGAACUACCAUAUGAUGACGAUGAUGAUGCCAGCUACUGUACCGAGAGUAGUUUUAGAAGCCACAGCACCCUGGGCAGCACACCGGGCAGGAAAAGGAGUAGGACAGUGCAACCAAGGUCUCCUAUCCUUGAAGCAAAGGACAUUCCUCCCUUGGAGCUCCCCAAGUCGUCUGAGGACCUCCUGGUCCCUACCUCACAGCUGCUCAGUGUGUGUGCUGUCUACGAAGUCCUCCGCAAUUUUCGCUCAGUGCUGCGGCUUUCUCCAUUCCGUUUUGAGGAUUUCUGUGCAGCGUUGUCCAGUCAGGAACAAUGCACCCUGCUGGCAGAAACCCAUAUGUCUCUGCUCAAAGCUAUUCUCAGAGAGGAGGACACCUCCAACACCACAUUUGGUCCUGCUGACGUGAAGGAUUCUGUUAACUCCACUCUGUAUUUUGCAGACGGUAUGACUUGGCCAGAGGUGGUGCGAGCCUACUGUGAGAGUGACCAGGAAUACCGGCAUAUUCUGCCUUUUCAAGAGAAUGAGGAUUAUCCAUAUGAACCAUUGGAUAACAAAAUUAAAGUUCUUCAGUUCUUGGUGGACCAGUUUCUGGCAACAAAUAUUGCCCGUGAGGAACUGAUGUCAGAAGGUGUUGUUGCCUAUGAUGACCACUGCCGGGUGUGUCAUCGUCUUGGUGACCUCCUCUGCUGUGAGACAUGCUCGGCAGUUUACCACCUCGAAUGUGUAAAGCCACCGCUGCAGGAAGUACCAGAGGAUGAGUGGCAGUGUGAAGUUUGUGUGGCACACAAAGUGCCAGGUGUUGCAGACUGUGUCCCUGAAGUACAGAAGACGAAGCCAUUUCUUCGCCAGUUGCCAGUGGGCUAUGAUAGACACCAUCGCAAAUACUGGUUUCUGAAUCGUCGCAUAGUUGUUGAAGAAAAUGGUGAACAGGAGGAAAAGAACAUCUGGUACUAUAGCACUAAGGUCCAAUUGGCUGAGGUCAUAGAUUGUUUGGACAAGGAGUACUGGGAGGCUGACCUCUAUGCAGCCCUGGAUGAGAUAAGGGAUGAAGUGCAUACACAUAUGGACAUCACUGAAGAUCUCACCAGCAAGGCUCGUGGCAACAACAAGUGUUUCCUUACAGCAGCCAAUGAGGAGAUCCUGGACAGGUUGCGAGCGAAGAAGGAGGAGGAGCUGGAGGAGGUGAAAAGACGUGCAGCUGAGGAAGCGCUUAAAGCUCGACUGGAGAAGGAGAAAGAGGUGGCAGAUGUAGAGAAGGAGGUUGAGGUGAACAAUGAGAGACCACUGGAUGGCAACGAACAGAUGGAAGAAGAAGAAAAAAGUAAAGAGGCCACUGAUGAGAAAGGGAAUGAGGAAAAGACUGAAGUUGCUGAAGCUCCACCCACUGACCAAGAAGGCAGUAGUGGCAGAAACGUCUCCACUGCCUCAACACAAAUGUCCAGUGUGAGCUCAGGGUUGGUUACUGUUGCUUCAAAGCUCUCAAGUUCCACUACAGAGGGACUAAUAGAGGGGUGUUCCAAUAUGGAGGUCUCUAACGAUACCAAAGCAGAAAGCCCGUCUCUAAACUCUCCGAGUGCUGAUGUGAUACCCAGUCUAAGCCAGCCUUCCCAAACAAGUGAAGAGAACAUUAACUGCAGCCCGGCUGCUGCAGUGCCUCCCAGUGGACCUGAGCCACCUGAUCUGGCUGACAAGUCGUCCCAGUCAUCAAUAGCAAGCUUUGAAGACAUAGGAGAUGGUAAAGACUUGGCCAAUGGUGACCCAACGAGUCUCAGUAGUAGGAAAUCUGCAGCAACUCGCAUGGUGACCCGGCUGAGGAACCCAGAGAGCAAGUUGAGUCAGCUGAAAAAUCAACAGGUGGCUGCUGCAGUUCAUGAAGCAAACAAAGGCUUCAAGGAGGGCAAAGAGGUUCUUGUGGUAAAUGCACAAGGUGAUGUCACUCGGAUCAGCACCCGCAGCAGCAAGGAAGUGGUCAUGAAGGGAACCAGUCAGUACUUCAAACUUGGCCAGGAGGGAAAGUUUCGUGUCUACCAUAACCAGUACAGCUCCAAUGCCCUGGCCCUUAACAAGCACCAGCACAGAGAGGACCAUGACAAGCGACGGCAUCUCUCACACAAGUUCUGCAUGACACCUGCAGGAGAAUUUAAGUGGAACGGGUCAAUCCAUGGCUCCAAGGUUUUGACCAUUUCCACACUGAGAUUCACUAUCCUACAGUUGGAGAACAACGUUCCAUCACCGUUUAUGCAUCCUAACUGGGCUUCACACAGGACCAAUUGGAUCAAAGCAGUGCAGAUGUGCAGCAAAGCCAGAGAGUUCGCAUUGGCUCUGGCCAUUCUGGAAUGUGCCGUUAAACCUGUAGCAAUGCUGCCUGUCUGGAAAGACUCACUUGGACAUACCAGGUUAAAUCGUAUGACGUCCAUGGAACGUGAGGAGAAGGAGAAGGUUAAAAAAAGGGAAAAGAAGCUGGAGGAUGAAGAGACGAUGCAGCAGGCCACUUGGGUCAAGUACACGUUCCCGAUUAAACACCAGGUGUGGAAGCAAAAAGGAGAAGAGUAUCGUGUUACAGGCUACGGAGGCUGGAGUUGGAUAAGUAAGACGUAUGUGAAGCGGUUCGUUCCCAGGCUUCCCGGCAACACCAAUGUCAAUUACCGCAAAGAACUGGAAGAUGCAAAACUUAACAAGAAAUGCACCCUGCUGGACAUAAGUCAACGACCCAUUGAAGCUGCACCAGAUACUCAGGGAACUGCUGCUUUAAUUGGUGAAGCAAAUAACCCAGAUCCACACAGUUCUCCUAGAGCUACGCCAGAACAUCUGAGGUCUGAGUGUGAUGAAGAGAUGAAAGAGGAGAAACAAGAAGAGGAGGUCAGCAAGGAAAAAGAAGAGGAAUCCUUUGAGCAGUCACCGACUAGAAUGGAAAUGGAUCAAACAGAAUCACAAUUGGUUGGCGAGCAAAAGUUUGUUAUUCGGGAGGAUAAGAAUCCCCUGGAGAUUGAAACUACAGAGAACUCAAAAAGAGCCUUCAACUAUGACGUAGUUGACGUCAGCAAUGGUUUUCUGACUCGCGUGGCCUAUAAGAAGAAGGUGAAGACCUCCAAACUGGACGGCCUCUUGGAGCGCAGAGUAAAGCAGCAUUCUAUAGAAGAAACCCAGAGGCGACAGUUACCUGCUUCCAAACCCAGAUCUCCUACAACAGUUUCAUCCAUUGUACCCGCUGUUAUGAGCACCCCAGGCCAGCCACGUCCGUCACUCCAUACGACACCGCUCACACUGGGUCACCCUGUUAAAGUAGAGGGGAACUCUCCCAAAGCAAAUGUCUUGAAAAGUACUGACAAUAAUGUUACCCUCACGUCUUUUUCUCUGAACUCUGCACCCAGAGACAGUUGUACUACAGGUACACCUUGUGACUCAUCUUCAGGACAGAGUUUAACCUCCUCAGUGUCCCGUGAACAGCAGGCAGAUGUUGAAAGAACUACAGAGCAAAAAGAAAAUAAUUUACACCUUUUGGACCAUGAGGUUGACCAACAGCUAAAAAUAACAGAAACAUCAGCACAGAACAGAACAGUCGAUGUAUCGUUUGAUGCUACCAAGGCUGCGCACCUUCAAAACACAGAUAGUGAAGUUCCCAGUUCGAAACAGGAGUCAAUAAGGACAUUUCCAAGUGUGCUUGACCAUAAAAGUUGUGAAAAAAACUCCCCUUCUAAACCAGAGCCUUGUGUCCCUGUGCAUGUAUGCACUGAGGAAAAUGGUACAGGGCCAAAGGAAAAUCAAGAAAAUGCCCAUAAUAUUGAACCACAUAAAAAUAAGGCUAUGAUCACUCCAGAGACUCCUCAGGUAAAUGGUAACAAUGACUUUGAGGUUAAAGGCACCUUGAGUAACUCCGUCGUGGUCACAAAUAAUAGUAACGUCUCCAACAGUCCAAAGCCCAACAUGAACAAAACUAACAAUGAUGGUCAAGGACAAGUGGACCUGUUGAAGGGCAGCGUGCAGCAAAAGCCUGUGGUUAAUGGUGACUUACCACCUGUUCACAACUGUGCAGACGCUGCUGUCAAUGAAAGUGUUGCAUUGAAAGACACAACACCAAAAUCAGAUCAAGAUGACAAACCUCAAGAUAUUAGCAAACUAAAAAACAACUUGGGUGCACUUAGAGUCGAAACAUCGCAGCACAACAGCCAAUCACCGUAUCAGUCGACGGAAACCAGUUCCGUAGUAAAGAUCAUCAGAAUGGCCCCGUCCCCUGUACCUUCGGCAGAGGAGUCCAGUCUGAGUGACGACUUUACGGAGAACAGUAACAGUGGGGUGACGGAACAACCCAAGACUAUCACACAAGUUACCACCUCCACCACUACUACCACAUCGGUCGUUUCCACCCAAAUGAAGAUACCCCCACCAUCAAAUGCGUGCAGAGUUGCAACAGUGACAGAAUCCAGCUCGGUGUCCACCCUCACGACAAUGACCAAAACAACUGUGACCAAAAUAUCGGAGCUCAAUGGACAACCCGAAGACAACAAGAAGGAGACGGUGACACAAGAACAGGGGAGGCUGCACUUGUCUGUAUGCAAGUCAACAGUCAACAAUGUCACAACAUCGGUAUCAUCUGUUACCAUUUCCCAAGAAGACUUCUCAUCGACAAAGGGACGCAUCCGCUUACUUAAAUUCUCACGCAACAAGAAGGCGCGCUCGAACACAGCUCUGCCCUCUUACUGCAAAUUUGUCACCAAAAGCAAACGCACAAGUAUUUUCGUACUUCAGCACGAUGACCUGAAGGUGUUGGCGAGACGAGGUGGCUUCCGUGAGGUGGCAGUGUUUAGCUACAAUUCCAAACCAGCCCCGGAUAUCUGGCCAUACCCUUCACCCAGACCGUCAUUUGGUAUUGCAUGGAGAUAUCGUUUGCAGACGGUCAAGUCUCUGGCUGGUGUGAGUCUCAUGCUGAGGCUCCUCUGGGCCUGUCUGAGGUGGGACGACAUGGCCGUGAAACCUUCUGCUGCUGUUGGCACCACUCGCACAGAGACAUCGGAUACUGAAAUCACCACUACAGAGAUCAUCAAGCGUCGUGAUGUAGGACCUUACGGCAUUCGCUCAGAGUACUGUAUUCGGAAAAUCAUUUGUCCGCUUGGCGUUCCUGAGACUCCUAAAGAAACCCACACACCUCAGAGGAAGGGGCUUCGCUCCAGUGCCCUGCGUCCAAAGAAGCCUGAGCCUGCCAAGCAAACAGGCCCAGUGGUGAUUGAGACAUGGGUACCUGAAGAGGAGCUGGACCUCUGGGAGAUCAGAGCCUUUUCAGAAAGGGUUGAGAAGGAGAAAGCUCAGGCGGCAGAGCAGGCGAAGAAACGUCAGGAGCAGAAACCAACUUCAGGAACUUCAUCUCAAACAGGAACACCUGCAACGUCUGCAGCUACACCCAAAGUGAUUGUGGGUUCACUGUCGGGUCAGGGCACGCCCAACACUAAGGUGGUGCUGUCCACCAAGAUGGGCACCCCUGUUACAUUCCAACCAAACAAAAACUUCCAGCAGUCAUUUGCCACGUGGGUGAAGCAGGGUCAAAGCACACAAGGAGGAGGCAGCGAGGUAACAUCAGGAGGACACACCCUCCAGAUUACAGGAAAAUCAGCGAGUGGUAAAAUACUGACCACCAAACUGCCGCUGCCUGCCAACAGCAAAAUCGUCACAGUGAACGUACCGACGUCACAGGGAGGUGUGGUUCAUCAAAAAGUUUUGGGUAUCAUCCCAUCCAGCGCAGCAGGUGGUGCCCAGACCUACACCACAUUCCAGCCCCGGACCACCACACUUAACAUUAGGCCCAAUACCACGGGCGCCCAGCAGCAGAUUCUGACAACUAGCAGUCAGAUCCGUCCGGGAAUGACGGUCAUCAGGACACCACUCCAGCAGACAGGAACCAUAGGGAAGACCAUACUACGGACACCCCUCGUGGUCCAGCAGGACCAAGGUGGUCAGCAGGUAGUGACACAAAUCAUUCAGGGUCAGGCAGUUUCCACACCGAUGUCUGGUGCAAGCCCUGUUGCCACAGUUACAGGCCAGGGCAUGAGCAGUCCCUCCACUGCAGAACAAGCAGCUAGCCAGAUAGCAGCCAGUGCCCCACGUGUACAAGGGCAAAACCAGGUUAAACUGACUCUGGCACAGCUCACUCACCUCACACAGAAGCAGCAGUCUGGUCCAGGCACAGAGCAGCAGACUGGUGCCACCUGUACCCCACAGGCUGUAACUGUAAUGGUUCAGGGUCAGGGCCAGACCGCCGGGCAACUACAGGUCAUACCUCAUGGAGUAACUGUCAUCCCAGGACCUGGGCAGCAGUUAAUGCAGGCCGCACUGCCCAAUGGCCAGGUGCAACGUUUCCUGUUCACACCGUUGCCCUCUGCUGCCACACCCACAUCAGGAAUAGCCACCACAGCUUCCAGUCAGCCCAACUCCACCUCCACUAAUACCCCAGCUCAACCUGUCCAACAAGCAGCAGCUCCCAUCCAAGCAGGCGCACCUCCACUGACUACCACCACGAGCAGCCCAUCCUCAGCCACCCCUCAGGCCCAGGUGCCACAUCAGACGCAGGCCCAGAUGCCCAUCCAGUCGCCCACCUCACUGCAGGUCAAAACACAAGGAGGAGCGGCGCAGCUGCAGGUGCAUCAGCCUCAGUCUCAGCUCAUUAGUGUGACUGGACUACAGCAGCAGGUGUUAGCUCAGCUGCAGGCCCAGCAGGGUGGGGGCGCUCUGCCACAGCACAUCAAACUGCAACUUCCAAUCCAGAUUCAGACGGCUGGGUCGUCUUCAUCUCAGGGAGGACAGGUUGGGAACGUGGUGGCCGUGCAGGCAGUGUCUGUCCAGGAGCAGCUGCAGAGAAUCCAGCAGCUCAGGGAGCAGCAACAGCAGAAGAAGAGACAGGCUGCAGAGGCCAAGAGGGAGCAAGCACUCAACACAGCUAGCCAGAGUGACAUCAUUCAGAAACAGGUGGUGAUGAAACAAAAUGCUGCUAUUGAGCACCUGAAGCAGAAGAAGACGAUGACGCCUGCAGAGAGAGAAGAGAAUCAGAGGAUGAUUGUUUGCAACCAGGUGAUGAAAUUUAUCCUCGACCGAAUAGACAAGGAUGAGAGGCAGGCCACAAAAAAAAGGAAAAAGGAGGAGGUGGUGGAGGCUAAAAGGAGGUUGGCUAAUGCCAGCAAGCUCUCGACACUGCUGUAUCGGCACAAAGAAAGCCUUAAGAUGGAGAUCCUGAAGAAGCGAGCGCUUCUCGACAAGGAGUUGCAGCUGGAGGCUCAGGAGGAGUUGAAACAGGAUCUUCUGCGAAUACGUAGAGAAAAAGAGCGGGCUCAGGCUGCUGCCCAACAGGCAGCACAGGUUGCAGCCAAGGCGGCUGACAACCAAAAGCACCACACACUGACAAAGGCACACGGCAUUACGGCUCAGCAUCAUACGUCUGCAGCCGUCAGCUCGUCACACAAGAGGAAACGGGAAGAGGAGAAAGAGACGCCGACGCCGUCAAAGUCCAAGAAGAAGAAAAUGAUCUCGACAACGAGCACCAAGGAGAGCAAGAAGGACAUCAAGCUCUACUGCAUCUGCAAGACGCCCUACGAUGAGACCAAGUUUUACAUUGGUUGUGACCUCUGUACAAACUGGUAUCACGGAGACUGUGUGGGCAUCACAGAGAAGGAGGCCAAGAAAAUGGACGACUACAUCUGUGUGGAGUGUAAGAGAGGCCAGCAGGGCAGCACAGAGGAACUCUACUGCAUCUGUCAGACUCCAUAUGAUGAAUCCCAGUUCUACAUCGGCUGUGAUCGUUGUCAGAAUUGGUACCACGGACGCUGUGUAGGUAUUCUCCAGAGCGAAGCCAACCACAUCGACGAGUAUGUGUGUCCACAGUGCCAGUCCACGGAGGACGCAAUGACCGUCUUCAGUCCACUCACAGACAAGGACUAUGAGGGAUUGAGGAGAGUCCUGCGUUCCUUACAGGCACAUAAAAUGGCCUGGCCGUUCCUGGAGCCCGUGGAUACAAAUGAUGCCCCAGACUACUACAGGGUCAUAAAGGAACCAAUGGAUCUUUCCACCAUGGAGGAGCGGGUACAGAAGCGCAAGUACACAAAGCUGACAGAGUUCGUAGCAGACAUGACCAAAAUAUUUGACAACUGCCGCUACUACAACCCCAGUGACUCGCCUUUCUACCAAUGUGCCGAGGUUCUGGAGAACUUCUUUGUCCAGAAGCUCAAAGGCUUCAAAGCCAGCAGGUCUCAUAGCAACAAACUGCAGUCAGCAACCUCUUAGCUCCUUCCUAAAAACCAAGUGUACGAAAUCCAAGACUUGUGGUUCCAUCUGAAAGAUUAAUACCUGAGGGCCUGCGCAGGCUGCACCUGAAGCUGAGCCCUCUCCAGAGCAGAGCGCACUCCCAGCUGAAGGUCAGGUGGCAGUGGUGUCAAGAGCCUUCAACAUCUGUAGUUGCAGUAAAAAAAGGUAAUGAAGAGGAUGUAAAGACAGUUUUUUUAUCCAAAGCAUCAGAGACGGAGAAGUUCCUUCUUCAGGCGACCACAGACUUUGAGGCUGUAUGUUUUGUCGCAGCCGGCUGGUCGACAUCUACCAGUGAGAAAACAGGUUCAGAUUUGGAGGAUUCUUCCUGGCUGUUAUUAGAUGGUGCAGUGUUUUCCCUCUGUAGCUGAUCCCUAUUCAGCAGAUGUUGUCUUCUUACUUCACGUCUCAAAUUCAGGAGUAGUUAAAGUCUGUGUUCAUACUUGUUUGGCUUGGUUCAAAUAAACCCCGAUAUGUUUGGUCUGUAACUGGGGUUCACUGGAACGGACUGAUCAGUAAGACUCUGUUGAUGAGUUCGUGGAAAACCUGUUAAAUACCAUCAAAACAAACUGUUAAAGUCACAAAUUCACGGAGCCCUGGAGUCAAUGUGUGACAGAAGAAGAACUCUGAAUAAACUGAGUAAUGCUUUCAACUAAAACUUUUUUUAAUUUCCGGAAAAAGAAGUAUACGAGAGGUCCUUGGUUUACAAUGUCCUUGUCCUAUGGUGUUUCGUGGUUACGUCGCCAUCGCCCACACAUUUAUUAAGAAAGUCUUGUUCCAUCAUUUCGACGUACAGAGUUAAAACUAAUUUUACAUGGGAACUAGUUGGGGAAUGAGGCAAACGAACACGUCGUCACACCACACUACACGUGGAAGACGGCUUUGUUUACGUUUGCUUUUGGACGCCAUGCAUUGGUUUGUGCUACAUCCGCUUUCUUUGUUUUGUUUUUUGGGAGGAGAUUUUUGCCCUUCAUUAUGGCUCCCAGGUGUGAGCCAGACACUUCUUAUGUUUUUAUGUCGUCUUAGAUGGUGAUGUUACCACCGUGAUAGCUACAGUAUGUCGGAAACUUACGAACAUCGACGUUAGUCAAGGACCCUCUGUAGUUAUUUUUCCAAAGGUUCACUGUACUUUUGCAAAGUUAUGUAUUUCCAAAAUUAUGUGUUUUUUUCCCUGUCCUUAUUUUCACCUCCAGGGCUCCUCCCAAUAAGUCACCUCAAAUAAAUCAUGCUGUGAUCUUGUGAGAUGUUCUAAAAACAGAGAACAGAGGAGCAGAUUUUCUUAAUAGGUUAAAAUGAGAACAUUAAGACAGCAGGAAGAAAAAAAGGAGUGUCCAGUUGGAUUUUGAUUGAUUUUGAUUUCUUGUGCACUGGUCUUUGGUUCCGUGUUAAAAAUACAUGCAUGUGUCACUACAGAUGUUAAUACCACCACGGUGUGAAGUGUCUUCAGCAGUAAAGAUGUGCCACACUCACGUUUGUAUAUUGUAACCACAGCUGGUGUACAAACAGGAUCUGAUGAAGAGAAUCUGUCGGUCUUCAUCUUCAGUCUCCUACCUCCCAGUUUUUAAGUCCACUAAAUUCAGGAGCUCUGGGCAGAUUUGACUUUUUUUUUUUAAUGUGAUGUUGCUGCUUCAGAUGAUCAAUAUGACAAGUUACUGAGUUGUCAGGGUUAGAAAAGCUGGUUCGAUAAACUCACAGUUAGGGGUGUAUUUAAUACUGCUUCUUAAAUGGGUGUGGACAGCAGAGGUUACAUGAAAUUUUAAUGUGUCUUGAUUUUGUAGUGUCUUCAUUACCUACACACCCAAAACCAGCCGUCUCAGCCAGUGAACCUUGUCCUUUGGCUUUUUUUAAGAUGCCAUUGAAGAAAGUCAGGUAGCUGUGAGCACUUUUACAUUUGGAUUUAUCUGUUAAUGAAAAGAUUGUUAGAGCGUCUGAAAAAAGAAAGACAGUGUCUCCCUCUCUGUCCCUGCCAGCACAUUUCACCGAAGACGACAGUGUGGCUCACACAUACUUUUUGAUUCCCCCUCAAAACCAUGGCUAAGUAAUUGGAUAAUGGACCUUUCCUCUCAGCAGCAGCUCAGUUAAAUGGUGGUUUGUGGCAGCGUGUCUGAAAGUCAAUUAGGCUGGUUUUUUUCCAUCAUGGGGUUUGUAUGAAACUUUUAUAAUUACAUUUGUAGCAUAUUUGGGAACAUUUUUGUAUGUGUGUUAAUAAUGUUUCUAAGCAAGCGAACAUUAGACACUUGACUUUCAUGUUCAAAACUGUUUGAAAUUCAGAAAAGGUUUCAGUCUAUUGUUUUUCCUUUGUAUGUUUGAGAGUUGAGAGAUAAUGUAGUGUUUCUUAUUCUCUGUGUGCUUCAGUCACAAAUGUCUGUCACUUUGUGAUCUAAUCAUGUGUUUUAUCCACUGUUUCUAAAGUCUCAUGUAAAUUAUUGUUGUCCAAAUGUGUAGAUAUUUAAAAUUUUUAGAAAACUAUACACAUUUAUUUUUAACUUUUGGAACCAGGAACUAAGCCCAUCUGUACAUAUUACCUUUUUUUAAAAGAUAAUAAAAAAAUAAAGUGAACUCUUA